AAACCGUCAAACACUUUAAUGAAAGUAGGUUCCUCUUUGUGAGCUCUCACCUUCUUGGUUUCUUCGUAGAAAAACACAUCAUAUCACGUCUAUGACCCCACUUUCCACUGCUACGCGUUUUUUUCUUGGAAAAAGGGAAGGUGAGAAAUGUAUUGAGAACUUUUGCUUACAAAACUUUUUUCUUCCCUGGACAUUUGAACUGUUUUUCGCUUUCUCGUUGCUUAUACAUACUAAUUGUUGCUGGUUUCUUUCUGGGUAUUGGGCGUUUUGUUCUCUGAUUUUGAGCGGCAAAUUUCUUCUGAUACAUUGUCAUGAUGUCGAUAGCUUCAAUUCCCUCAUCCAUUUCUAGGAAGAAAUAUGAUGUUUUCUUGAGUUUUAGAGGUGAAGAUACCCGCAGGAACUUCACGGAUCAUCUCUAUCAUGCUCUAAGGAGAAGUGGGAUUGUCACUUUCAAAGAUGAUCUAAAGCUGGAGGCGGGUGAAGAGAUCACACCAGGAAUUCUCAAAGCAGUUCAGCAAUCAUGGUGCUCGAUAAUCGUUUUCUCUGAAACUUAUGCCUUUUCAAGUUGUUGCUUGGAGGAGCUUGCUGAGAUUGUUAAACAACAUAACAACGACGGCCAUAAAGUUUUUCCAAUUUUUUACAAUGUUGAUCCAUCUGAUUUUAAAAAACAGAAAGGUAAAGUUGAUGAAGCCUUUGCCAAACACGAAGAGAGAUACAAAGAAGAUAAAGAAAAGCUCCAAAGGUGGCGAGAUGCUUUGACUGAAGUGGCUAGCAUCAGGGGAUGGCAUUUAAAUAACAGACAUGAAAUGGAAUUUAUUGGAGACAUUGUUAAGAAGAUAUCAGCGAAAUUAUGUCAGACAUAUCCGGUUGUUCAUGAUGAGUUGGUUGGAAUUAGUUUACAUUUGGAGGAGUUGUAUCCGAAAAUAAACAUUGGGGAAGACGAUGUCCGCAUUAUAGGAAUUUGUGGAAUGGGUGGUAUUGGUAAAACAACUCUUGCAAGGGUCGUUUACACUCAAAUGUCUCCUCAUUUUGAAGGUAAAAGCUUUCUUGCUGAUGUUCGAGAAGCUUCAAACAAACGUGGACUUGUUUCUUUACAAAAACAACUUCUUUCUCAAAUCUUGCCAGAUGAAUGCUUCAAUUUUUUCAAUGUUCAUGAAGGGAAUGCCAUAAUUAGCCACAAGUUGUCUCAUAAAAAAGUUCUUGUUAUUCUUGAUGAUGUUGAUAACUUACAACACUUGAAAUGCUUGGUUGGAAGGUGUAAUUGGUUCGGUUUAGGGAGUCGAAUCAUUGUAACAACAAGAGAUGAACAUUUGCUCCGAUCUUAUGGAGUCGAUGGUGUGUAUAAGCCUACAACAUUGAAUCCUGAUGAUGCACUUAGACUUUUCAAUUUGAAAGCUUUUCCUAGUGAUAUAGUGCCAAAAGAUGAUUUCAUUAAGCUUUCUGAACAUGUUGUACGUUAUGCUGGUGGUCUCCCCUUAGCUCUUGAAGUUUUGGGUUCUUUUUUGUACGGUAGAGAUUUAGCUCAAUGGAGAAGUGCAGUCGAAAGGCUUAAAGGAGAUUCUAACAAAGAAAUUCUCAAUACACUUCGAAUCAGCUUUAAUGGAUUGGAAGAAAGGGAGAAGAAUAUAUUUCUAGACAUAGCAUGCUUCUUCAACGGGGAGGAGAAAGAUUUUGUAAUGAAAGUAUUGGAUGGUUGUGAGUUUUUCCCAGAUAUUGGAAUAGAUGUUCUCAUUAAGAAAUCUCUCAUAAAAGUUCAUGAAGACAAGUAUUUGUGGAUGCAUAACCUGAUACAAGAAAUGGGAAGACAAAUUGUUAGGGAAAAAUCUAUCGAUGAACCUGGAAAACGUUGCAGGUUGUGGGAGGAAAGAGAUGUUUAUCAUGUGCUAACAAAAAACACUGCUACAGAAGUGAUUGAAGGUGUGAUCAUCGAUAUUAAGAGGGAGUCGAACAAGAUGCUCAAUUUGAGUGUCGAUGCCUUCUUAAAGAUGAAAAAGUUGAGAUUGCUCAAAGUCCUUUGCCUCUCGAAUUGUUAUGAUCUCACAUAUAUUUCUAAUGAGUUACGACUUUUAGAUUGGAAAGGAUGUCCUUUAAGAUUAUUACCUUCAAGCUUCAAACCGGAUAACCUUGUUGCACUUAUCUUGUCAUACAGUUGCAUUGAACAACUAUGGAAGGGAAAUAGACCCUUGUAUAAAUUGAAAAUGGUCAAUCUUGAAGGGUCCCGAAACCUGAUCAAGACACCAGACUUCACAACAGCCACGUAUCUUGAAGUAUUGAUUUUGGAAGGUUGUACCAGAUUAGCACAUGUUCAUCCGUCAAUUGGAGUGCUUAAGAGCCUUAAACUUUUGAAUUUAAGAGGCUGUAGAAGUCUUAGGAGUCUUCCAACCAAAAUUGGAAUGGAAUCUCUUGAAACAUUAAUUCUUUCGGGUUGUUCAAAUCUUGUAAGGUUUCCAGAGAUUGAUGGGAAAAUGGAAUGUCUAAAAAGUCUUGAUCUUUCUGGUUGUUAUAAAGUUGAAAAUUUGCCAGAGAGUUUACAGCAAUUAGAAUUUUUGGAAGAGCUUGACUUAAGUGAAACAGCUAUAACAAAACUACCAUCCUUCAUUUUUCAAUUGAAAAAUCUUAAAGUUUUGUCUUUCAAUGGAUGCAAGGUACCAUCUAAGUUGCAAAGAAAUCUUUCUUCUCUUUUCAAGGUAAUCCAAAGAGGAAGGAUGAGUUCCAUGGCUCUGAUGUUGCCUUCUUUGUCCAGAUUAAGAGAGUUGAAUCUAAGGUAUAGCAAUCUUCGGGAAGGAGACAUUCCUAAUGAUCUUUCUUGUUUAUCCUCUUUGAAAAAACUUGAUCUUAGUGGUAACAGUUUCAGCAACAUACCCGUGUCUCUUAUGCGACUCUCCAAGCUUCAAUAUCUUGGAUUGUCAAAUUGCAAUGUUAGCAAUCUUUAUGAAGCAGAUAUUCCAAGUGAUAUUUCUGGUCUAUCCUCUUUGAUAUUACUUGAUCUUAGUGGGAACAAUUUCAUUGGCAUUCCUUCAGCUCUUACUCGACUUUCCAAGCUUAAAACCCUUCGAUUGUCAAAUUGCAAGGAGCUUAAAUCGGUGCCUGAGCUUCUAACAAGUAUAGAAGAUGUGCGGUUAGAUGGUUGUGCUUCGCUUGAAGUAGUUGAACUUGCAAGUCCAUUGGAUGUACCCAAUUUAGUGGGUUCGACUUUCAUUAAAGCGGUUAACUGCUAUAGAUUGGUAGAGAACAUCAACGCAUUAACAUUGCUGAAAAAACAUCUUAAGCCAUUUGCAAAUUCAAAAAAAAUAUUUGAUGUUAUUAUGCCUGGAAGUGAAAUCCCAGAAUGGUUUAGCCGACAGACAGGUGGCUCUUCAAUUAAGAUACCUCUACCUCUCAAUAUUCAAAAUGAUAGUCAAUGGAUAGGAGUUGCUGGGUGUUGCAUUUUUGUCAAUGAUAAUGCUUCUAGGGAUGAGGAGGUUAUCAUCUGUAGAGCGGUUAUCGAUUGUAGAAAAUCUGGACAAGUUGAUGAGAGUGACUGGUUGGGCUGGUUGUUAGGUAAACAAAAUAACCAGCCUAUAACGAAGGAUCACCUUUUCUUCGUUAUUGGUCACGUGACAAAUUAUAUCCAUUUUCCUUGGAAGAUGAAAGUGAAACAAAGAAUUUAUCAACAAUAGAUUGCUCAGAACAGGAAUGCAAUGAGCUUGAGCUGUCUUUCACAAACCCAAUUGGUCCCGGUGUUAAGGUGAAGAAGUGUGGUGUUAGAAUAGUGUAUGAGAAAGAUUUGGAAGAGAUGGAUCAAUUAAAAGAGCAGCAUAGCCAUAGCAGUCAAUGUUCUGCAAAUUUUGAAGAUAUUCAUCAACACUCUGCCGAUAACGAUGGAUCAAUAGGUAGCACUUCCUUGUAAAACGAAAGCGUAAUAUCUACGAGGAGAUGAAGGAAGAAGGUCUGCAACCAAAACGGAUAAAAGAAAUUUUCAAUUUUCUAAGGGGCCGAUCUUGCAAGAAGCAUUAAUUGUGGUGGAAGAAAAAAUAGUCAACUUUGAGACAAAAAUGUGGAGAAAGAUGGAAUGCUCCAUGAGGAAGCAGGCCAAGUGCUGUAACCGUGGUCAGUUUGGUUCAAGCUUGUGGGGUGUGUUCAAGGAUUCCUUCUCGUAUUUGGAAUGGGAACCGAUGUUUUGGUGCUCACUGCAUUCGUUGAUAUGUAUAGUAAGAUGGGUGAACAUAAAAGAGCUCGAUCAGUUUUCAUUUUUCAAUAUCAUGCCUGCAAAAAAUCUGGUUUCAUGGAAUGUUAUCAUCUCAGGGUAUGCUCAGAAUUGUUUAGUAAACGAAUCUUUCUAUCUGUUUCGGAAAUUAGUAUUAACUGGUGGCAGUUUUGAUUGAGGAACCAUAAUUAGCCUUCUCCAAGGUUGUGCUCAACUAGCAGAUUUGGAAACUGGGAAGGUUCUCCAUGGCUAUACUUUUCGGAAAGGCCUCAUCAUGAACCUUAUUUUGUGUACAUCAAUAGUAGAUUUGUAUUCCAAGUGUGGCGCCUUAAAGGAGGCAAAUUUCGUGUUUGAUAGGAUGAAGAAUUGGAAUGUGAUUACCUGGAUUGCUAUGCUUGUUGGAUUAAUACAAAACAGGCACGCCGAAGAUGGCAUAAGAUUAAUACAACUCUGGUUAGUUUAGUCCAUUGUUGUGCACACAGGGGCGAAACCAGGGGGGGCAGGCAUGGGCCCUGGCCCCCCCUAAAAUGGGAAAUUUUCAUUUAGGCCCUUUAGAUUUUUUUAAAAUUUUAAAUUAGUAAAGGUAAAAUUACACUUUGGCCCCCCUAAAAUUAUAAAAAUUUAAUUUAAUCCUUUAAAAAUUAUAAAUAUAUAGACUAUAAAAAAUUAAAAUUUCCUUCGCCCCUAAAAUUUUUUUUUCUGGCUUCCCUGUGUGCACACUUGGGUUUGUUGAAGAAAGGAAGGAGUGUCCAUGCUUGAUUGUUACGGCAUGGUUAUGCUUUCAAUAUAGUUAACUGGACAGCCUUGAUCAAUAUGUAUGCCAAGUGUGGAAACAUUAACUAUGCCAAUAGGGUAUUCGAAGAUGUGUCCUUUCUUAAAGAUGUCAUAUCAUGGAAUUCUAUGAUCACAGGCUAAGGCAUGCAUGGUUAAGGACACAAAGCUCUUGAUCUCUAUCGCCAACUUUUAGAGGAGAAACUCAAGCCGAAUAAAACUACAUUUGUCUCUCUUCUAUCCGCUUGUAGUCACUUGGGGCUUGUGGACCCGGGAAGAAGUUUGUUUCUGAGCAGAUGCAGAAACACAUAUUGGCAUAAAAACCUCAGAAUAUUUAUCGAGCUUGGACGCAACAAACCUGGGAAUUUACAUCAUGUUAACGAACAUAUAUGCUGAAGCAAGGAGAUGGCGCGGAGUAGAUCAUAUUUGAGGUCUCAUGAGAAGACAAGGACUAAAAAAACACCAGGAUACAGCCUGAUUGAAGUUGGAAAGCAGCUCCAUGCCUUUUUUGCUGGCGAAGAUUCGCAUCUGAAUUUGGAUGAAAUCAAUCAGAUUCUCAAGAACAUGAAAUUAUUACUCGAAGCUUUAGGUUACAUGCCGGAUACAAUUCGUGUUCUUCAUUACAUGCCCUUUUUUUUUUUAUUGCUUUAGGACUUUUAAAUGCACCAGCAGGAAGCUUGAUAAGGAUCACUAAGAAUCUCCAUGUAUUGCCAUACGGUGAUGGAGAUUAUCAUAAGAGAUGCUAACUCUUUCCAUCACUUUGUUAAUGGAAAAUGUUCUUGCAAUACUAUUGCUGAAAA